AUGUGUACCCGGUGUCUGCCUGAACAGCACUGUGUGCGUGGAAUGCAAUCCGGCGACAUGCCCAGUUGCUCGGUCGCGGAGCAGUACGGAUCCGCAAUGUGGCAACAUGCGAUUCCAGCGACAAGCCUAUGCUCCUGUGGAGCUCUUCUUCAGUCCAAACGGCCGAGGUUGUGGUAUCCGCAGCCGAGCGCCGCUCAAGAAAGUGACUUUAUCGUGGAGUACAUGGGUGAAGUGAUUGGCCCGACGGAACUUGCUCGCCGGAAGCGCGAUCACGCCCUCGAACGACAUGUCUAUUUCAUGACGCUUGACCAGAGCACGUUUCUCGAUGCAAGUCGCAAAGGAACCUGGGGUCGGUUUCUGAACCACUCGUGCGAGCCGAACUGCCACACGCAGAAAUGGCUCGUGCUUGGCAAAGUUCGCGUCGGUAUCUUUGCCAGUCGUGAUAUCGCGGCUGGCGAGGAGCUCACCUUCGACUACCGAAUGGAGAGACGCGCUGCUGCUGCUGCCGCCCCCGAGGAGACGUCGCUGCUGCAGCGGGUAUCACCGCGUCGCGACCUGGAUCUUAAUGAGAGCGACGCUUCUGUUCCGAUUCGGUGCCUCUGUCAAGCAGCCUCGUGCAGCGGUUGGAUCAGCGGGGGACCCUACGCCAGCGCGCUCGACGAACAACAGGCGAUGGAUGCGGUUGAGCAUCGCCGUGCUGCCUCGUUGCAACGCAUUACCGAGCAGAUUGCGGGGAUCAGAAAAGCCCUAGGGCCUCGGCAGGCAGCACAGACGGCCAAGUGGGUUACCGCGAGUGCUGCAGACAGAAUUCACACACUGGCGGUGGCAACGCUCAGUCGAGCACAGGAGACUGCCAAGUGCUUCGACACGUUUGCAGCGAAACGGAGGAACUGGACACGUUGGGACGCCGAACUGCUCUGGGAGGUUUCCGUGCCCUGGCAGAGUCAACAGCAGGGCGACAUUGACGACAAAUACGCUGAAGCGUAUCGUACUCAUCGCAAGGAGCCCGAGAACUGUCCACAUUUUGCGGAGCUCUAUGCAAGGGCCCAAAAGUUCUGGGAAGCUCGAGACUCGGCAAGUGUAUCCGCAGCGUCGCCCGCGAACCACUGGGUCGUGAUCGCGCUUCAACAGAGUAUUCGCGCUUUGUUGAACACUGCUAUUGGCCAGCCAGGUUCGUACCAUCGCAUAUGGAGGAUCGUGAACGCGGGUUUCACGCUCUUAGAUCAGCAGAGGCGUGUACACGUCGUGAACGGACCCGCGAGCAUUGCACACGUUCCCGAUGAUCGCUUCCUGGAACUCUAUUGCGAGUCGGAGCAGACACUGCGUGUGGAGCGUGGUGAGAGAGGUCAGCUCCAGGUGUAUGGUCCAGUAGCCACGUUGCAGGAGUAUCUCGCGAAAAAUGUCCCAGAAAUACAAGCGCAAAGGUUUUUAUGGCAUCCAGGCGGUCGGAGCUGUUUCCGGAUUUCCGCUGGAAUGCAAUCUCAAGCUUCUGGUGCGGUCUGGUAUCAUAACAUUGAACCAGUCGAUGUGGAUUGGUCACUUGCUCAGUAUCUGGAGGAAUGCGAGCGAAUGGCUGCCGCUCAGGUUUAG